AAGGGGAGGGGGAGGUUUGUCGCUCCAUGACAUGAAUGAACCAUGUUCGGUAACGAAGGCUUAGCUCUCCCGGUCUGCUCCUUCCUCCUGCUACACCUCCCGGUUCUCCCACUAACCAGCAACGGGCCCGUUAAGGAGGAGGUGUUUCAGUGGUGGGGGGAGUGGUCCAGUUGGUCCUCUUGUUCCAGGAGCUGUGGAGGAGGAGUGAGGAGUCAGGAGAGACAUUGUCUCAUACAGAGGCUGUCCACCACUCAGAAUGUUAACAGCUCAUAUUGUGUUGGCUCUCCUAAAAAGUACCAGCUCUGCCCUAACCAGCCCUGUCCCAGCCCCAGUGUCAGCUUCAAACAGCAUCAGUGUUCCCAGUUCAAUUCUAAAUCUUUUGGAACAAGAUACUACCAGUGGAUACCUCUAUACCCAGCUGAUUACAUCAGCAUCUCCAAUAAACCAUGUGACCUGCAGUGUACAACCAUCAGUGGUGAGCGGCAGCUGCUAGUGCCUGCCCAUGAUGGUACCUUCUGCCGCGAUACCAAAUACCUUGGAGUCUGCAUAGAGGGAAAAUGUCAGCCUGUAGGAUGUGAUGGAGAGCUGUACAGCAGUAAGACAGUAGACAAAUGUGGAGUAUGUGGUGGCAAUGGGACUUCAUGCCAGCGCAUCGCUGGAUCAUACAGGAAGGCACUCACACAGUUAGGCUACGUGUUCAUCACCAACAUCCCAACUGGAGCUUCAGACAUUCAGAUCAUAGAGAGACAUAAGACUGAGAACAUCCUGGCCCUGUCAGAUGAGGCUGGUAAUUUCUUCUUCAAUGGAAACACUGUGUUUGACAAUCCUCAAAACUUCCGUGUAGCAGGAACAGUUUUUAAAUACAGACGUCCGAGCAAUGUUUUCUCUGAUGGCCUGGAGUAUAUCAUUGCCCAGGGACCAACACUUCAGGGCCUGAACGUUAUGUACUAUAACAUGAAUGGGAAGCUCCCCCACAUCACCUAUGAGUACACCAUCCCUCGCACAUCUCAUGGCAUCACAGCUGGACAAGACAUCACCACAGGCCCCUCCCACUCUCAUCUUAACCUCACCUACAACGAGAUAAAUGAGGACAUCAGAGAGGAUCUACUUAGAGUAAUGAACCACAGCAGAGGGAGCGUGACAAUCGUUCAUCACUACAACACCCAGCUAGGAGCAGAUGACCAAUCAGAUGUCCAUCUGCAUGAAGAGGAGGAGGAAGAAGUAGUAUGGGAGGUCAGGACACCCAGCCCUCCACCGCCUGCUGCCAUGUUGGUCUUCAGAUCAGCUGAUGUCACCAGUCACGUAUUGAGCCAUAAUGAUGUGGAAGAGCGGGGACCUCCAGUGCCAUCUGGCUACCGAAGUUCCUCCAACUCGAUUGAUGAUCCUUCCACUGAUGAAGACAACUCUCUACUGCUCUCUUUCCCAGGUAGUCAGAGUGUUCAUUCUGCAGAGCUACCGGAGGACAUCCCCUAUCUGCUACUGGAGGACUUGCAUCACAACCGGACACAGUUAAACACACACUCUGUUAAACACACACUCACUGAUCCACAUUCACCAGCAGAAACACAUGUGGAGAUGUCUGGCAUAGACACAGAACUAGACAAUGACCCACAGUUGGAAAUGCACUCAGACAUGCUCACAGUUACUGAAACACACUCUGUUACACACACAGAAGCACAAAGAGGCACACACAUUGCUAUCUUGGUACAGCUGCAACAGGUGUCUGCAGUACAGGCAGCCAACACAGAGAGCAAUGACUUUGACGUGGGUCUGGACCCAGAUAUUAGUCUGGCAGACAUGUAUCGCUGGAAGGUUUCUGCAUAUGCUCCAUGUAGCUCUACCUGUACAACAGGUAUCACUGCUAGCUAUGCCCUGUGUGUACGGUAUGAUGGUACUGAAGUUGAUGACAGUUACUGUGACUCUAUGACCAGACCUGAGCCGACACAUGAGUUCUGCACUGGAAAGGAAUGUCCUCCAAGAUGGGAGACCAGUGGAUGGAGUGAGUGCUCUCGAACCUGUAGUGAGGGCGUUCAGCAUCGAACUGUGCGCUGCUGGAAGAUGCUGUCCCCUGGUCUCGACUCCUCGGUCUAUGAUUCACUGUGUUUGUCACAUGACCUGCACAAACCAGCCAACAGAAAGGUCUGCCUUGGCCAGAGCUGUGGACCCCAGUGGGAGGUGUCUGAGUGGUCAGAGUGUUCAGCACGUUGUGGCUCUCGGGGUGUUCGUUCUCGGGAGGUUCGUUGCUCCAUGGAAAUGAGACUAUGUAACAAGUCGUCUCAGCCAAUAGAGAGUCAGGAAUGUGAAGGCCCGCCCUGUGAUAGACGAUGGACAGUUUCUGACUGGGGACCUUGCUCAGGAGUGUGUGGAGAGGGAAGGAUGGUGCGUGCAGUCAUGUGUCGGUCCUCAAGUGGGAUAGUGAUGUCAGAGGAGCAGUGUGACCAGUCGCUGCGCCCACUGGCCAUCUAUCCCUGUGGUGACAGAGAUUGCGCCCCCCAUUGGGUUGAACAAGAAUGGCAACAGUGUAAUUCUACAUGUGGGCGCGGUGUGCGUCAGCGUCAGGUGGUGUGUGCUGGGCUGGAUGCUGGUGUUUUCAAGAAGUUUCCUGACAGCAGCUGUGACCAAACCAACAAACCAGAGAUUAGCUCAUCCUGCUUCCAGAGACCCUGCUCCAAAUGGUUCACUACAUCCUGGUCCCAGUGCAGCAAGACCUGUGGGAGUGGCAUCCAGGUUCGAGAGGUGAAGUGUUAUCAGGGGGAGGAGCUGAUAACCAGGGGCCACAGCUGUGACUCUACCCUCAAGCCAGAAGCCCGACAGAGCUGUCAGAUCCAGAGCUGUCCAACAGAGGCCCCAGCAGCAGCCCCGGCAGCAUCAGUAGCAUUAGACGACUCCUGUCAAGACAAACCAACAGCCAACUGUGCCUUGGUCCUGAAGGUGAAGCUGUGUUCCCACUGGUACUACAGAAAGGCCUGCUGUCAGUCCUGUAAGGCACCAAGAUCCUGAUGUCUGAACUGUAACCUCUCACCUCAACACCUUAACAUAAACCACUGGUACCGAAGGUCACAUUACAUUCAUAUUGGUGCUAAACAAAGACCUGCUGCUAGCAAUGUAAGGUCUUGCCACAUUGAAUUUAACCUUGUAAGUCUUUCUCCUAUUACUGAUGUCAAAGGUCAACCUGUGGUCACUGUCUCACCUCCAUCCGUUUCAAUCUGUUCCCUUGUUUUGAAAAUGUAACAGUGAAUCAUAAUAGUAUUUUUGUGCCAGAGCCUUGAACUGUUUAAAUGAACAGUCACUGCUGUGACUGACACUUGCAGGUGCAGUCAACGCACAACCAGGGAUAUCAUCUUUCAUUCAAUGCAUUCAUUCAAUAUUCUUGUAUACAUUACCUACAAUGCAAUUCAACUGCUGACAGUUGAGUGUUGAGAGAGUUGAGUGUGUGAUGCUGUUAGUGGCUAAUGUAGCCUUCAAAGAGGAGGAGCAGGUUAUAGAUGUCUGGUAAGCUUACUUCUUUCCACUUCAGUGGAAGUUUUCAGCCCAUACCUAUGCUGACUGGAAGUGACAUGACUUGGUCGGGUCCCUCUGGAGACACUUAUUUCACACAUGCAGUAUCACUCCGAAACACCUGUAACCAGCCUCUGAUGUAUGAAAUGAGGGGACUUAGCUUUAGCAUUCUGGAUUCAACAUACUGUCCAGUAUUUUCUGUGUAGACUUUUCCCAAGCGGGAUAAGAAGGUCAGUAUACAGCAUCAAUGAUCCCACUUUAUUGUCUCACCACAUUAAAUUACAGUUUGUUAAUUUUUUAAAUAAAUCAUCGUUUGCAUAAAUAUUCAGCCCUGUCAGGUUGGUACGGUGUCCCACCUUCUCCUUCUUUACCAUUUUACAGACUAGCUUGGAACGUUUCUGAGUCUUCAUGCAACAAUACUGACAAAACCAUAACCUUUACAUUCCAGGGACAGGCCUAUUUAUUCUACAACCCCUUGACUACACUCAGAUGGUCUCCAUUUAACUAAUUAUGUGACUUUAAACAGUGUUGGCUGCACCAGUGAAUAUUUAGGUGUAUCCUAUUAAUAGGUAGGUACGUAUAUAUCCAAUAAGAAUAUUUUUUUUUAAAUGAAUUGAAGUCGCUUUGCAGGGAACCAUUCUCAAUAUGAAAAUAUAAAUCAAUAUGCACUUGAAGAGGAUUAGGGCCAUUUAAAAAAAAAAAAAGCUAAUUUUUUUUUCUUGAAUCAUAAAAGUCAGAAUUCUGUCUCAUCCUAUAAAUAAUCCAGCAGAGGAGAUGCGAGAUCAGCUGUUUGUUCCUGCUCUCAUAUGGUCUUUUGUACAAAAUAAUUCUCUAUUUUUUCAGGGACACACAAAGAUGAAAUUGCUGUGUGUCUUCUCAUAUUUCUCUGGAAAAGCCGGCACAAACACACUUCUAACGAUGGAAUUUUUUUUACAGUCCAGAAAAAUCCCAGAAAUCCCUCUGGAAGAAAUCUGGAGUAGGAAUUGUAGAAGUGAUGUAUGUGCUGUGAAAAGUAGCCUCUGUACGUGCUGUCAUUCAUGAGCACGUGGUUAUACUUCUGUAGAGUCACUAAAUUGAAAUACAUUUACAUACACUUGAAUUGCUGGCUUGAAAACAGAAGGAUAAUACUAACAUGUCAGAACCCAGACACACCUGAGGAGCACGAAUGUGGCUGCCACCGAGAAGGGUCAGGGUUCACCUGUUCAUCUAUCAAUAUACUGUGUACACCUGACUGUCACCGUCAACCUCACUGUUGUUCACUCCUGCUCACAGAGCUGCUGCUGUUAUUCUUCCUUACUGUACCACAUCAUAAAAAUAAAAGAUGAGCUGUU